UCCGCCCGUCUGAAUUCCGCUUCCUGUCUGACAUUGGCGUCUCUGCUGAGGGUCACAUUGAGCUUGGAGGCGCUUCGGGGGUGUCGUGAGCCCCAGGGAUGUGACGUCCCCACGCGCACAACCAAGGCCAACACCCACUCCUUGGGCCCGCAGGCUCAGCAUCAUGGCCGAAGACAUCAAGACCAAAAUCAAGAACUACAAGACCGCUCCUUUUGACAGCCGCUUCCCCAACCAGAACCAGACCAAGAACUGCUGGCAGAACUACCUGGACUUCCACCGCUGCGAGAAGGCGAUGACAGCGAAAGGGGGUGACGUCUCUGUAUGCGAGUGGUACCGGCGCGUGUACAAGUCCCUCUGCCCCAUCUCCUGGAUCUCCACCUGGGACGAUCGCCGUGCAGAAGGCACCUUUCCUGGCAAGAUCUGAACUGGCUCCACCCACUUCAGCUGCUCCGUCCCUCUUCCCUGGGUGGUCAACGGCGACCUGCGGACACUGACCCCUGCCCUGGGACCCUGAAUCAUGACUGAACCGUAAUAAACAAAAACUCGUUAAAAA